AUGCUCAACCAACCCAGCGACAAACUCGACGUGUCGUUGACCAACGCCGUGCACCCAAUAAUAUCUAAAGCCCUGAGCGGUUUGUCUUUUCUUCCUGAUAACGAAAGCUUGUCCGCCACGCGUGGUUUGGUGCCGCAUUCGACACCGGCUGUUGCCAUGACUCGGCGUUUCCUGUGCCGCGGCAACCUCGAGCAAUUGGACCUGAUUGAUGUGGCCCUGGAUAUCAAGGACUGGAUCGAUGAACACAGCUCCAACCUCUGGUUCGACCGUGCCGCCGCCAAGUUGCGGGCCGCGCCAGACGGAAAGGUAUGUCGUUCAGUGCGAAACCACUCCUCAUGA